UCUCAUCAAUUCAGUUAUUUAAAAAUGUCAAUAUAUAUUGUAUUAUCAUUUUUAAUAUACUGAUUAAUGAGUUAUCACAAUUAUCACAUUAAGCUAGUUAUCAUUCUAACACGGAUGACAGAAUACGGAGACCAUAGCAGAAUGAAGAACUACUCCAACGAUAGAUCCGACAUGUAUGAAUUCACGGGCGACGUACGGCUGCAGGGAAGUCGAACCACCAUUUUCAUAGGAUCACCGAUCGACAACAACAUUCCCCACGAAAUAAAACCAUACGCGAGGAAAUACGACCGCUCGAGCUUGGUAGCCAUCUCUUCUAUCCAAAUAAAGGCAGCACCCCCCGAAAAACUCCCGGUUUGUAGGAAAACCCUGGACGUCCCGGGCAUCCUCUUCUCCACAGGAGGAUACACGCAUAACUACUUCCACAGCAUCACCGAUGUGAUGGUCCCGCUCUUCGCCACCUCCCAACGCUUCAACCGCAACGUCAUCUUCCUCGUCACCAACCACAAUGCUUCUCGCUUCACCACCGAGCACAGAAAAACCCUAGAGAGUCUAUCCAGACACGAGGUGGUUGAUAUCGAUAUAGAGAAUCGAACUCUUUGCUUCACAAAUAUGAUUGUGGGACUCAAAGCUCACCCAUUCGAUCUAUCCAUUGAUCCAUCCCCGUUUUCGAGCCUCUCCACUCGAAACCUCACAAGGCUUCUACGCAGCAUAUACUCCUUGAAGAGAGACUCGGUGGGCGAUCACAAUCGGCCUCGGUUGCUCGUCGUUUCAAGAAAAAGAAAACGUAGGUUGGCCAAUGAGGUCCAGCUGGUUGAGCUCGCACGGGAGCUGGGAUUCGACUAUGUCUUACAGGAUUUGGGAGACCAUCUCGAGUCCGCCGCCAAAAUCGUCAACUCCAUCGACGUCCUGGUGGGAGUCCACGGAGCUGGUCUCACAAACAUGGUUUUUCUGCCUGAAAAUGCCAUUGUGAUCCAAAUUAUACCGUUAGGGAUGACAGAUAACGCGAGGGGAAUGUUUGGGGCGAAUCCGGAGGAGAUGAAGUUGAAGUAUUUGGAUUAUAUAAUCACCCCGAAUGAGAGCUCCCUUUUAGGGAAAUUUCCCAACAACAGUCUAAUAUACACAAACUCUACACAAUAUUGUGAGAAUAUAGGACCUCAAGAUUGUUACAAUAUCUUUUAUCAACUACAGGAUGUCAAACUUGAUUUAGCUAGAUUUAAGGAUACACUAUUGAAAGCCUUGGACAUCAUGGCUGCUUAAUUCAUUUAUUCCACGAGGCUCUGCGUGUUGUAAUAAGACUUAGUAUUUAAUAUUUAGUACAAUA